GCAGGUGCCACCUCUGAAACCAUGACCCCCGGCGCGGGCCCAUGGAGCUAUGGCCUAUAGGGUCCUGGGCCGCGCUGGGCCACCUCAGCCGCGGAGGGCGCGCAGGCUGCUCUUCGCCUUCACGCUGUCCUUGUCCUGCACUUACCUGUGUUACAGCUUCCUGUGCUGCUGCGACGGCCUGGGCCAGAGCCGCCUGCUCGGCGCGCCGCGCUGCCUCCGCAGCCCCAGCGCAAGCGGCCAGAAACUUCUGGCGAAGUCCCGCCCGUGUGAUCCCCCGGGGCCGACGCCCAGUGAGCCCAGCGCUCCCAGCGCGCCCGCGGCAGCCGCGCCAGCACCGCGCCUCUCCGGGUCCAAUCACUCCGGCUCACCGAAGCUGGGUACUAAACGGCUGCCCCAAGCCCUCAUUGUGGGCGUCAAGAAAGGGGGAACCCGGGCGGUGCUGGAGUUUAUCCGUGUGCACCCGGACGUGCGGGCCUUGGGUACCGAGCCCCACUUCUUCGACAGGAACUACGGCCGAGGGCUAGACUGGUACAGGAGCCUGAUGCCCAGGACCUCGGAGACCCAGAUCACACUAGAGAAGACGCCCAGCUAUUUCGUCACUCAAGAAGCCCCCCGACGGAUCUUCAACAUGUCACGAGACACCAAGCUGAUUGUGGUGGUGCGGAACCCGGUGACCCGCGCCAUCUCUGAUUACACGCAGACACUUUCCAAGAAGCCGGACAUCCCCACCUUCGAGGGCCUGUCCUUCCGAAAUCGCAGCCUCGGCCUAGUGGAUGUGUCUUGGAAUGCCAUCCGCAUCGGCAUGUACGCACUGCACCUGGAGAGCUGGCUGCAGUACUUCCCGCUGGCCCAGAUCCACUUCGUCAGUGGCGAGCGGCUCAUCACUGAUCCGGCUGGUGAGAUGGGGCGCAUCCAGGAUUUCCUGGGCAUCAAGCGAUUCAUCACAGACAAACACUUCUACUUCAACAAGACCAAAGGAUUCCCUUGCUUGAAAAAACCAGAGUCGACACUCCUGCCACGAUGCCUGGGCAAAUCAAAAGGGAGAACUCAUGUACAGAUCGACCCUGAAGUCAUAGACCAGCUCCGGGAAUUUUAUAGACCUUAUAAUAUUAAAUUUUAUGAAACCGUUGGGCAGGACUUCCGGUGGGAGUGACUCUCCGAGGAACAAGGGCUCUUAUCUCUCCCAUGAGGUUUGCUCCCAGAGACCCUGAUCCUCAACUCCAGCCCCUCUUCCCAUCUUGAACCCUAUGAUGGAUCAUCUUGGAACCAGAAAGCUGAGUAAAGGCCAAGAGACCGGCGGUCCCUGCUCUGUCCAGGAAAAGUCUACCUGCUUCUAGCAUACCCAUUCAGUUCUAGAAUCGGCUCCCUCCCACCCAUGAGAGGCCUUGGGGAAUUGCUGUAAGAAGAGUGGGUCUCCCAAUGUUAGGGGAUAUUCUGAGUGGAGAUGGUUCUGUUGCUGUGAGAACAUCAGUCCAUCCCAUCACUGUGCACUCAGUGGUGGACUUCUUAAUUCCAUGUGGCAUGUACCUUCCCUCUGAGCUUAAUUUCCCCCAGCAGCCCUGAGUGGUAGGAUAGGAGAACGCCCUCCACCCUCCUCAGAAUGCAGCAGCUCAUCAACAGUAUGCAGAGCCAAAAACACCUCUCUGGCCACUCCAGGAGACAGACUCUGUGAUGAUGAAACAAGCCAGUGACUUCAAAGCCUGUGGUCUCCACUGUGCCUGGAGGAUGCUGUCUUUGAAAAGCACUCUGUGACUCUCUCUCCCUGCUCCCUGUGGACAAAAGCACAUAAUUCUGCUGUUACGGGUACUUUCUUCACACGAGCUUUCAUGUUCAACAUGCACGGAAUCAUGCUUGUCCAUGUGAAAUAAAUAUGGCUCUCUCGUGUCCUUA